CGAGAAGUCACUUGAGAUAGAGAGAUAGAUAGAGAGAGAACGCGCCAGUGAAGAAAAGAAGCAUUCAUUUUUAAAGAAUAACAGCAGAACACAGCAAUGGAAUCCACCGCAUUUUUUGUUAACCAGACAUCGUUUGAAUUUGCUCCUAGCUACUGCCUUUACAGCAUGGCUUUAAACGGACUAGCUCAGAAAAGCAGCCCACCUUCUCUAUGGAGACCCUGGAUCAUGACCACCAAAGACAUGGAGAGAAAAAACAGGAGACAGCAGGCUUGUCCUUACGCCAGACCUGCAAACACAGGAAGCUUCACUGAAACGGAAAAGACACAACCCCAAUUCCAGCACCCAGUCAGACUAUUUUGGCCCAAAUCUAAAUCCUACGACUACCUGUACAGUGAUGGGGAAAACCUUCUGAAGAACUUCCCAGUCCAGGCAACAAUUAGCUUCUACGAGGAGUCUGACAGCGAGGAUGAGGAGGAAUAUGAUGAAUCUGAGAGUGAACAGGAGGUCUCUCCAAAACACAAUGCUCUACCUGCGACCCACUUCACCAGCUACAACUGAACAUACUAUUAACAGCUUAGAACCUAUUUAUUUAUAUUUCAAAUAUAGUUAUUUUAUUUCUGCUGGAAAUGUAUGGUGAAAAACAAAGAUCCAUUGACUCUUCAGCUGAAUAAAAUCUUUGUUCUUGUUGGAAAUAGAACCUAAGUCACCUAGUUCCUUCACUGUUUUGUACGUAGGAUACUGAGUUGUUUGUCUGAUCAAUGUGCCAUCUGUUUAAUAAUCUUGGUGUGAUGCCUAAACUUUGUUAUUUAUUGUUUUUAGUACUGGACCUAGUUUGUCUCAUUUCUUUUGAUUUACUGGUCCCAUAUUGGGGUUGUUUA